UCAUUUACAUAAUAAACCGCAAAGUGGAUCUUGGCACCACACGAAACGAUCUGACUUAUAAAAUCGAAUUCCUCAAGAAAUUCAUCUAUUUCUACAAGUUGUCCAGCGAUCACAAACUUAUUACCUGACAGUGUAUGCAGGCAUCUUGACUUAAGGUCAUCUGAGGUCGUUGCCAUGGGAUCAUCAUAUGAUAAGGAGCCAUGUUGUGGCAUCUCUCUUCUUAAGUACAUCCUCUUCAUCUUUAACUUCUUCCUCCUGCUCGGUGGUGCAGGCGUUUGUGGCAUCGGACUCUGGACUCUACUCAAGAAAUGGGACUACGCUAGCCUGCUGUGCGAUGACCUCUACACAAUAUCAACUUACGUUCUGAUCAUUUCGGGUGGUGUGAUCAUUAUCAUAGCUGCAUUGGGGUGCUUCGGUGCUCAACAAGAACACAAAUGCUGCUUGCUUAUUUAUUUUACGUUUCUGCUCUUCCUGUGUUUAGGCGAGUUGGUUGUUGGAAUUUACGUUUACAUCUACAGGGAGUCCGUGAAUAUAGAGUUAGAACGAUGCUUGAAUGAGACGAUUGUUGCCAAUUAUGGUAUGAAGGGACAGAAAGAAUUCACCGAAGCCUACGAUGAUCUCCAGAGAACCUUCCAAUGCUGUGGUGCUGCAAGUUAUGCCGAUUACCAGCUAAGCCAAUGGAAAGUGAGUGGUAAUGCUGGUAACCUGAGUACCCCAGAUAGCUGCUGUAAAACGGAGAGCAGCUACUGUGGCGUGAGAGACCAUCCGUCAAAUAUCUACCACUUGGGGUGUGUGGAUGGACUCGCUAACUACUUCAGUGGACAUCUGGCCAUUAUCGGUGCGGUGUGUGUAGCAAUCGCAGGUGUACAGAUAUUUGGUCUGAUCUUCUCGAUAUGUCUCUACUGUCAUCUUAAGUACGAAGAACAAGAGCCGUACUAAACUGAAUAAUGUGCAAAGUCAAUUUUUGUUAUGUGCAAAACUACUUUAUUUUUCAACCUGUAGAUAUUAUGCGUGCUUAAAAACUAUCGACUCUCUUUUGUAACUAGAGGGCAGUGUUUUAUUACCGUAACCAUGCAGAUUUGUAUUUCUCCAGCUGUGUAUUUUUUGGCUAAUUUUUGUGAAUUUUGAGUGUUUUAAUCGAUGUUUGAUAACUAAACUUAAUACAAGUAUUACUAUAAAAAUCACUCACAUUAUAAAAAGAAAACAAAGGGGGGGUGUAUUACAUUAUUUGGUUUUAACCAUUCACCGAUAUCGAACAAAACUAGCAUGGUAGUGGUAUAAGGUCUGAGCCUAAAUGGAGUCUGUCUUAAAAUUCCCACACAUUUUGUAUCAAUUGUUGUUUAGCUUCUGGCUUAUAACAAAAAACCAAGCGUAUUCUGACAAAUAUUCUGAUAAUGAUUAUGCAAAUGAGCUUUGUAAGUGUACACUUUUUUAAUUAAAUUUAAUAACAUAGUUGAAAAAUGGUAUAUAUCAUAUGAUUGUUCAUUUUAGUAUUUGAUUGCAAAUUAAUUGUUUAGCAGAAUUUGUCUGUCAUCAAUACAGGCACAUGUAACUCCAAAUUAAAAUGCCUCUAAGAAUUUUUUCUGCUGAAAAUGGUGCUGUUCUAGUGAUUAUUUUUUUCUAGAAAGUAGAAAGAAGUUUGCAGGUUACUUUAAUUUACACUGUGUAAGCUUUACCAAUAAGUGAUUGGGUUGAUGCUAGGGGUAGAAGUUGGGGGGGGGAUAGUCUUUGAAAAUCAGUCCUUUAAUAAGCAGUUCUAGCAUCACUCAAGUACUUUAAUGUAUUUGCAAUCUUCCUCAAUAUUAUGUACUUGCCUCGAUUGAAAAUGUAUUGUACUAAUCCAUAAGACGUGUAAAUUAUGCAACUCUCAUUAUUAUAUUUACUAUUUUGUAUAUAACGUUUAUAAAGUAUUCAGUAAUAAUUGGUCACUUAGAUUGCUUAUUUUGACCUGAUGACCUAGUUGGUGUAGUCUUAGUCACAAGGUGUUACAUGG